ACCCUCUGGCAGUAGCACCCCCUGGUGGUUGGAGGGGGAUGGAGCGCAGCGGUGGGGAGAGCCCCCGCAUGCAGGACAGUCCUGAGCGGGAGCAGUGGGGGGGCAGCCCGGACCUCAGCGGACCCCCGCCAGGGAAAAUGGGGCGUCUGGAGCUCAAUGGGAGCCCCACUGGGCCACGCCUCCUACGUCACAAUGGCAACCCACACGGACCCCUGGGAGGUCUGAUGAUCCCAGUAUUCUGUGUGGUGGAGCAGGCAGGGCUGGAGGGGGGGAUGCAGCGUGAGGAGGUGGAGAGGAGCAAGGGACACAGAGAGGAGCAUGCUGAGUUUGUCCUGGUCAGGAAAGACAUCCUCUUCAACCAGCUGGUGGAGACGGCCCUGGUGGCCCUGGGGUACUCCCACAACUCUGCUGCUCAGGCCCAGGGUCCCGAUUCCGAACAGAGUUAA